UAUCAAAAGCCUCAAACAGCCGUUUGAAGCUGCAGCGGCGGGUUGUUGUCGUUGGUAUGGAUGUUGGAAUCGCCCUGUCUGGGGUCGUGCUCCAACUUCUCCCCGACGGGGUUGUUGUGGUUCUUCAUCUUUGAUUUUGUCGAACAAUAUUGCUGUUUUAAAUAACUUGGCACACGGGCAAUUGACAAUGGAAAGCCAAGGAAGUUGUCUUUUACUGUCGGGUCUGUUCACCGACGUCACCGACACCCAGCCCGGUGCGCCCACGAGGCGGAAGAGCACAACGGCGGGGGGCGCACUGCUGAGCCCCAACGAAGAGAUGCAGCUGGCCCGCGAGGAGCUGGACCGGCGGCGCAAGCUGCGGCUGCAACAGGUGCGUGAGCAGCAGCGCUACCUGGCGGUGUGUGUGCGGAAGCAGGUAGCCGGGCGUCGGCGGCAGCAGGAAUCUCACCUGGAGCAGCAGCUCCGACAGGAGUGGACACGGCAGCAGCAGCAGCGCCAGGACACACUCUCCACCCAGCUCACACACACACUCAACACCCUGGGACACGCUCACGCCAGCGCCAAGGAGAACGAGCCAGACUGGACGGGGCUUGUCCAGAAGAGGGCGGAGCAGAAGGAGAGAGCUUUGCAGAGACACGCCCACGCCCUCAAGGAGCUGAAGAUGCACAUACACUCACAGGAGCAGCGGCGCACACGGCACAUUGGAGCAAGGCAGAGAGCUCUGGAUGUGGAGAAGGAGAGAGCUGCCACAGUAGCAAACCUGCCGCCACCCCCAGCAGACCCUAUAGAGUGUGUGUUGGAGAGUGUGCAGCAGCCUCAGAAAAAGUUGGUGGCCGUGGAGCAGUUCUCAUCCUCUCAGCAUCACCUGCCUGGGACCACUGUGGAGACACACACACUGCAGGCUGACGCAAAGGCAGCAGCAGAGGAGGAAGCCAGGCGAUUGGGCGAGCUGCACCAGGAAGUGACGCGUGAUAGGGUGGAGCAGUUGGAGAAGGCGCGGCUUAGAGGAGAACAUGCCCUGAAGAAGGAACAUAUGACCCAGGAGCGACAGCGCAUGCUGUAUGAUUUAGAGCGAAUGCAGGCAGCUGAUUGGUUGAGAAGGAGGCAGGCCUUGCAUCAAGCUCCACCCAACAGGAACACGCACGCCCUGGCGUCCUCCCACACACACACACAUGGCCUGGCAGAUGAACGGCAGAGGAUGUUGGAGCACGCUUUCCAGGACCUGUACACCGACGAGAGAAGGGUCAAAGGUGACUUGGUGCUGCAGCUGAUGCCAGAGCCGCUUCCUGCCCCCUCUACCAGUAGCCAUGGCAACGACCUAGACUUGACCCUUGAGUCUGAGGUCACCCCUGUGGAGGAAGAGCAGGAGCCGCCUGCCGACCUGCCGAGCCAAUCACACGGUACGACACACAGACCUGCAGACCUGCCGAGCCAAUCACACAGUACGACACACAGACCUGCAGACCUGCCGAGCCAAUCACACGGUCUGCGGAGGCUGUUGGAGCGCAUCAGGUCCCAGAGGGAGCACUGGAACACUCGUUCAGUCUCUACAACAUCUCCUUUGGGUCAGCUAGCCGCUCCCAUGGCAACACAGCACAGCCAAGAUGCUGUUCCCAUGGCAACACAGCACAGUAAUGGAACUGCUCCCAUGGCAACACAGCACAGCGAUGGAACUGCUCCCAUGGCAACACAGCACAGUAAUGGAACUGCUCCCAUGGCAACACAGCACAGUGAAGAGGAUGUGGGCCUAAAUGGAAUGAGCAUCGAAACGGGAUCUCUGACCGGACUGAGGGCGGAGUCUGUCUUGCCAGUGGAACAGGAGUGGAGUCUGGAGCACCGUCCACAGGAAGAAGAGGAGACACGACAGCAGCAGGAAUCCACUGCCCAGGCAUACACAGUUGAAGACUCUAAUGUUCUCCGCAUUCAGCAGUACCAGCAGCACCUACUGGAACAAAGCAGGCGGCACAAGCAGUGUGUGGAGGAGGCUCGUCGGCGUCUCGAGGAGUACCAGCGCACCCUGACGCUGCGCCACCACACAUUCACUAGGCCAGCCUCCGCCUCCUCAUCGCAGCCCUCUACAGUUCCCACGGCAACGCCACCACCUGCUGCUGUUCCCACGGCAACGGCACCACCUGCUGCUGUUCCCACGGCAACGGCACCGCCUACUGCUGUUACCAUGGCAGCCACAUCCUCCCACGACGCACACAGACUCCCACUCAUGCAUGCAGACACACACACCUCACACUCCUGUGAGGAUACACACACCAGUCAGUUGGUCACACACACACCUGCAGUGGACGCCUCCCCAUCCUGCUCGGCCCCUCCUCUCAUCCUUAGCCACACCCCCGCUCUCCCUCAGGUCCUCUCUGGCCCCGCCCACACGGAGGGGGAGGAGUCUGUGGAGGACAUGGCUCUGCCGCAUCCUGCUCUGGUGCUACAGGAGGACAUGGCUCUGCCACAUCCUGCUCUGGUGCUACAGGACUGUAACCCUGUCCAAGCUGAGCGUUUUAGCCUGAUGUCAGCUUUGCUCAGAGCCAUCCAGGACUCCAGUCAGUCAACCAAUCAGGACGCGUGGUCCUCUCGGCUGGCCAAUCCCAGUGCCUCCUCUCCUCAAGCAACCAGUUACAGCACACUCUCUGCACAACUAGCCAAUCACAGCACUCAGAAUGCCCCCUCAGUCUCGCCUCUGGCCAGUGCGGUGGCGUCCCACAGUUCAGCACUACAUGAUUGGCACCAACUGAGCGCUAUACUAGAGGUGGAUACACCCCUCAACUCUACAGUCCCUGAGGAGUCUAUGUUUCAUGUGGACGAGGCUCUCUGCCUGUCAGAGUCCAGCAGUGUGUCCCUUCCAUGGCCCACACACACACACACAGAGGAGAGCGGCAGCCCUGGCAUGCGCACACACACUCACACAGGGGCACAUGCACACUCCGGCCCAACCAGCCGCCUGUCCUGGAGGGACACACUCCGCCUCCAUUCAACUCCGCCCACCACAGUUGCUGCUCCUGGCUCGACCCGCUACCCUCACCAGACCCCUGAGACUGAGUUUCUAUCUCCUGUACAUCCUGGAACCUUCACCACCACCAUUUCCACCGGCAGCUACUGCACCAGCUCUACAGGGACAGAUCCCUCCCUCAGUGCUGAUACUGGGCCAGGGGUGGGUGUGGUCUCUCCCGUCGUUAGCAGUAACGGCAUGGCGAUGGAACACUGGUUGCCUAUCAGCAGGGCAGAGGAAAUCAUCGAGCGCCACCAACUAGAACUCAUGAGGUUACUGAGCGGACCAGAGAGCAUCACAGGGUUGUCCUCUUGGGCUCAAGUGCUUCAGAAUGAACCUGACGUUCAGGAGCCGGCAGCCUUGGGUGAAGCCCCAGGUGACGCCUGUAGCCCAGGUGCGGAGUAUUCCAUCUUACAAUCUUCAGUUAGCUUCCUGCCACUGCAUCCAGAGACAGACUCCUCCCCCUCAUCAUACGGCUCAACACACACACGCACAGACCAGCAGUGGGAUGAUUCUCUGAACCGUAUUGUUGGCCAGUUUUCAUGCUUAGCUACCAGCAACCAAUCAGAUCUCGGCGUCCCACACCAAGCCUCCACCAGCAACCAAUCAGAUCUCAGCCUCCCACACCACACCUCCACCAGCAACCAAUCAGAUCUCAGCCUCCCACACCAAGCCUCCACCAGCAACCAAUCAGAGCUCAGCCAGCUGAUUGGCCAGCUGUCUUGCCAGUCAUCUCCGUCUGCCUCUGGAAGGGAGCUUGUUGGGCGGGGCUCAGCUGACUCAGCUCAUUGUCUGAUUGGUCAGAUUUCAGAGGGCCCUCCUUUCUAUGAAAACAGUAGGGAGGAGCUAAGAAUGAGACAGCGGAUUGGUCAGACUCCUGGGCAGGAGGCAGGUAAUUGGUUGGCAGAGACGUGGGACUCAAGCCUGCUCAUUGGUCAGGGCCCUACCUUCCAAGCUGGACCACCAGUUGACCUGCAGCAGAGUACAGUAGACUCUUUCCAUCCUCUGGAGGCGGAGCUUACACUUGGCCAUCUGAGUGUUGAUGCGGAGGACGACCCCUCCCUUCUGAGAGCAGACUCCUCCCACCUAUCCCAGCAGGCCGUGCAGCAGUCACUCUUCCAGAGGUCCUUGUCCCUCAACCCCCUACAGCUAUCCAUCUCUGGUCUCCAUGACAACCUGAGUCCUCAAGUAAAACUCGCACUCCCUGCCAGCCCCACCCACAGGAAACAUCUCCUUAGCCAAUCAGAGGAGGGAACAGAGAUCAUGCCCCUCUGGGACCGGAUACUGGAUCUGGACUGUGGGCGGGGCAUCUUGGAAGAGUCCAUGCUCUCAUUGGUCAGUGUGAGUGACGUCACACUGAGCAGUUUCCACGGGGACGAGAUCAAUGAAGGAAAAGAGACGCCCAGAAACGCCUCUCCAACACACACCCCUCACACACACGCCCCACACACACUGGAAUCCUCAGGAAAAGACACAGACACACACAUCUCACACACACACACACAGGAGGAAGAGGAACAGGAGAUGGUGGACACACCCACCUCACACACACACAAACAGAGUGGAGGAGAAAACCAAAUUGGAGCACAGGUGUGUUUUUACCCAACUCCAACUCCGGUUCUGUCAUCGAACCCAGAGAACAAGGACAGUCCGGAACUUUCACUCCAAGCAGCAGGUGAGGGUGUACUGAAGCGUGUGGGAGAGGUGAAGAUCAGCCCUGAACACAAAGACAUGCACCAGCAUACGAACAGGUUGCAUAACCAGCUUGAGGAAGUGAGGCAGAGGAAGGAGAUGCACCGUCGCCAGGCAACCAGCAUUGUCAACCGCCAACGAGCACGAGAGUUCCAGCAGAAAACUCUACAGAAACUCCGGGCCAAGCCGACACAAUCAGCUGAACACUGACCCCCCCUACACACACACUUGUUUUAAAAUCAUUUUAUUCAUUAAAGUUUUAUUUAAACAUUC